AUGGAGAAGAGGAGCAGCAAGGACGGCCCGAUGCUCGAAGCACAACUGGAUUACACAGCAUCUCCCCAGCUGCCUGGCCUCCCUUGCAAGAACCUCUUGGUGGUGGUGGUGGUGGUGGUCGUUGUCGUCGUGAUUGCGCUGGUCUACGGGCUGAUAGGGCAGCGGAUCAUACACAAGGAGGCGGUCCUGCACAUGAGCAUUCAAGGUCUGGCGGGGGAAGGCUCCCCCCAGCACCUUUCCAUGAGCCGGAAGGAGAUCCAGGUGGUGUUCCACAUAAGCACGGAGGCCAAUUCUUCUGCCACGGUGGUGUAUGACUACAGUCACCUCCUGCUUGGCUACAGACCUUGGCCAGGGCGGUCCUGCUACAUCGCCAGGAUGGACCAGGAGAGCAUCCCGAGCCUGGACCAGGUGGCGGCACUAUUCCAGCGCACUCUGGCUCUCCCGCCACCCCGCAAGUGGAGCAAGGAGGAAGCGGACGGGCUCCCUGCGCCGCUGGCGGACCGGUCCCUCCUGGGCACCGCGACAGGCAUCUUGUGCAGCAGCCUCCCCGUCUUCUGGGCAUAGAGGAG